AUGAAUGCACUACUCUGUAGGCAGGUGGCAUCGCUACGCCGACUUCCCCCGUCAAUUUCACGGGGCUUUAUCGUCCAAGCAACGUCUCCCAAUCUCAUGCCAAUGAAAGCUGGAACCCCCAUCCCAGGAUUGGAUAUCUACAAGGACAAAGAUCCUCCAGUUGCGUUGGAACGUAGCGAAUACCCAGAGUGGGUAAAUGAUUUAUCGAAACCGCUCGUCAGCUUGGCAAUGCUACGCCGAAUGUCGGUAGAAGACGCGACAGAUAGAGAAAUGAGGCGUUAUUUGAAGCUGGUGCGAAAAGGUGAAAUAAAAAAGAAGAACGAAGAAGCCGGUGCCAAGUGA